CCUUUGAUUUGAUUAUGAUAUCGACAUCGACCUCGUUAUUCCAAAUUCCAAUAUAACAAAACUACCCUCUAUGCUUACAAGCGCGCACUUGCACUCUCCUCUCUUCUCUCCUGGCUCCCCUCUUUCUUUUCCUCCUCUGAUCGACUGAUCUCAAAUCAUUAGCUGAUCGCUUUCUCUUAAUUUAGGGCUUCAUAUUGCAAUCCCCCAUUCUUUUUAGAUUUUGAUUCCAAUCUCAACCUAAAAUAUGCCAAGCCCUAAGAAGAUGGAAAAUAAAGGCUUUUUCGCUUCAAUGUCUUCCAGUUUAUCCAUGUUCAGUAACGCCAUGCAUCGAUCUGUCAACGGGUUGUUAGGAUAUGAAAAUUUGGAAGUUGUAAAUCCUGAAGGGGGUAAAGAUGAUGCUGAGGAAGAAGCCCACAGAGGAAGAUGGAAACAAGAGGAGAGAGAUAGUUACUGGAAAAUGAUGCAGAAGUAUAUCGGAUCUGAUGUAACGUCAAUGGUGACACUGCCCGUCAUAAUCUUUGAGCCUAUGACUAUGCUGCAGAAAAUGGCAGAGUUAAUGGAGUACUCCCACCUAUUAGAUCAGGCUGAUGAAUGUGAAGAUCCUUAUUUACAGCUGGUUUAUGCAGCAUCUUGGGCAAUAUCUGUAUACUAUGCUUUUCAGCGCACAUGGAAGCCUUUUAAUCCCAUUCUUGGUGAAACCUAUGAAAUGGUCAAUCAUAAUGGAAUUACUUUUCUUUCGGAGCAGGUGAGUCAUCAUCCUCCUAUGAGUGCUGGACAUUGUGAAAACGAGCAUUUCACAUAUGAUGUGACAUCCAAGCUGAAGACAAAAUUUUUAGGGAACUCUCUUGAUGUCUAUCCCGUUGGAAGGACACGUGUCACUCUCAAAAGAAGUGGUGUGGUUUUAGAUUUGGUUCCUCCUCCUACUAAAGUGCACAACCUAAUUUUUGGUCGGACAUGGGUGGAUUCACCUGGAGAGAUGAUUCUGACCAAUUUAACUACAGGAGACAAAGUUGUGCUGUAUUUUCAACCAUGUGGUUGGUUUGGGGCUGGACGAUAUGAGGUGGAUGGUUAUGUAUAUGAUUCUAAUGAGGAGCCUAAAUUGUUGAUGACCGGUAAAUGGAAUGAGUCAUUGAGCUAUCAACCAUGUGAUGUGGAAGGGGAACCUAUGCCUGGCACAGAACUGAAAGAGGUUUGGCAUCUGGCAGAUACCCCCCAAAAUGAUAAGUUUCAAUAUACUUAUUUUGCACACAAGAUAAAUAGUUUUGACACGGCCCCAAAGAAUUUAUUGGCUUCAGAUUCACGUUUACGGCCUGAUAGAUAUGCUCUUGAAAUGGGUGAUUUGUCUAAGUCUGGUGCUGAAAAGAGCAGUUUGGAGGAGAGGCAGAGAGCAGAAAAAAGAAAUCGAGAAGCCAAGGGUGACCAAUUUUCUCCGAGAUGGUUCGAUCUAACCGAAGAGAUUGCAACUACCCCUUGGGGUGACAUGGAGGUUUACCAAUACAAUGGUAAAUAUACAGAGCAUCGGGCAGCGAUAGAUAGCUCUGACAUUGUCGAGGUAGAAGAUGUCAAAACCAAGGAGUUCAACCCUUGGCAGUAUAAUGAUUUGUCUGCUGUAUGAGGUGAAAAGGUGCAGGAAGCCCAUCAUCUCAACUGGAAAUCACAGAAGUCAUAUGGUGAAAUCAUCCGAAGGAUGCUAGGAUCUCUCCCUGUCAGACAAUCUGAAACUGCCAGCAGUAGAUAGACAAAUAGUAUUAUGCAUUUCGAAUUUGUAUAAUCCAUCAUUAUGAAGAUUCUUCGCAUCAGAAUUAAAAGUCCCCCAUUAAGCAUUCCUCCCUUGCUUCAAUUUGGCUGGGUUUCUACUUGCCAGGUUCAUCUAUAAGUUUAUAGCUCGUGUUUUUUCUUUUUUAAAAUUUUUGUCGUGUUUUUUUGUACUCUCGGCUUCAAAGACUAAGCAUUAAUCUGAAUGACUUUAUUGCUUAUGAGGCUUUUCAUGUUUUUAACUGUAUGAAGCUUUAAGUCGGAAAUUUUUUCUCUAUUCAAUCUUCAUGUCGAUUGUCAGAUAUGUCAUCUUUACUGUGUUAUACACGCUUUAUUGAUCUUAAAUAAAGACUAUUGUUCUAUGCGUCUCUGUAGAAACA